AUGUGGACAGAGGAGAAGUUACAUAUACAAAGUCUUCAAAUUCUUAUAUCCUUUACAUAUCUAAUUAACUCUUGUUACAGUAAAUAUUUAUAUUCUGAAUUACUUGAUUCCAAUCAAAUAAAUGGUAUACAACCAAAUUUAACACAACCAUAUCAAGUUUCAUUAACAAUUAAAGAAUCAUCAGUUUUAAAUACUGAUUUAAUAAAUAUCAGUCAAAUUAUGCAAAAUCAUGGUAUUCUAUUAGAGACAUCAAUUGAAGAAGCUGAAAAACGUAGUAGUUCAAAAAUUAUGAAUUUUGAAAUUUUAGAUAUCAGUGCUAAUUUAUUAACAGCAUAUCAACAAAGAAAUCAGAAUAAUUUAUUGAAUAUUAUCGAUUUACAUCCAGUGAAAGGAAUCAUGAAAUUCGGUGUACCAUUAGAUCGUGAACGUAUAUGCAAUGAUUUACAGAAUACAAAUAAACAGUGUAGAAUAACUUUGUUAAUAGCUGCUUAUAAAAUUAACAAUCAUGAUGUAAAUCAGCAGCAAGACUUAAUUCUAUCCAAUAAAAUGGAACAAAUAAACAAUGUGGAUUACAUUAAACAUAAAAGUGAAUUAAUUUGUAUUGAAUUAAUGAUAACUUUACUGGAUAUAAAUGACAAUUCACCGUAUUUUCCUCAAAUUCCUGGUUCUGACAAUCAUCCUAGAAUUAUUAAUAUUGAAGAAGAAUGUCCAAUCGGUACAAUGGUCUCUUUACCAAUAGCUAAUGAUAUGGAUUCAGCUGAAAAUGGUAUUAUCAAAUAUGAAUUACUACCAGUUUCUACAACUGCAGAAUUAACAAAGUUAUUUGAAAUUGUUCAGUUUCGGGGUUCAAGAGUUCAAUGUGAAGAUAUGACCAGAAAUGAAAUGCAUAAAUUUAAUAAUACAUAUAAUUUAGGUCAAGAAUCAAACAGAGAUUAUUUCCCUAUAGUACCAUGCUUAAAAGUUGUUGGUAGAUUAGAUCGAGAACAAGUAUCACGUUAUACAGUACGUCUUAUUGCUACAGAUACUGGUGGACGAAAAGGUGAAACGAUUGUACGCAUAAUAAUUCGUGAUAUUAAUGAUCAUGUACCAUUAUGGGCUGAUAAACUGGAAUCGGAAUUAUCACCUAAUAGUCUAUUGUUUAUGGGAUCAGAAAGAGUAUUAUUUCAAUCCAAUGAAAUGAUAGAAGAUAAUGAACAUGGUGGAACAAUUGUGAAGUAUACUUUUCAAAUUCCUGAAUGUACUAAUCAAAGACAGUUGUUACAUUUAAAUGCAAAUGAUAUGGAUGAACCAGACAGUGAUUAUGGUCGUAUAACAUAUCAUUUAAAUGAUCAAACAAAAGAUUUUGAACAAUUAAGGCAGAGACUUUUUAUUUCUGGAGAGUAUAUUUACUUAACUGAUUAUGGCUUGAAAGAUCUAAAUCAAGCCAAUUUAACCAUCAUUGUGACAGCAACUGAUGGUGCCGGUAAAAGUAGUGAUGCAUGGAUUCAGCUUUUAGUGCAAGAUUGUAAUGAUCACAAACCGAUGAUAUUAAUGAGAAAUACUGAGUUUUCACUAGUAGAAAAUGCAGUUGGUAAACAACAGUUGAUAAGCUUAAUAACAGUACGUGAUUUGGAUCUGACUACAUCACCGAAUUCGGAAUUUUAUUGUAAUUUAAAUGAUACAACAUAUCUUACACUUUAUGAAGUAAUGUCUGGACCAAAAUUAAAUGAUCAACGUUAUCAAGAUAGUAUUUCAAACACUGUGAAUACACAUAAUGGAUUUUUAUCGCAUAGACAUGAUAAUGACGAUGAGAAGAAUACUGGUUUCUUUCGUCAAGGAAGAUGGGUUGUUUAUCGAUUAGAAACUAAAAAUUCAUCAUCAUUUGAUCGUGAAGCGACACCAUAUUAUAAUGUUCUGUUACAAUGUUCAGAUAAAGGUUCACCAAUGCUUACAUCCAACCGACUGAUAACAAUUAACAUACUUGAUGUGAAUGAUAACGCGCCAAUGUUUGUUAUGCCUGAUCAGUCAAGAUCAACUCCUUUGUUUUCAGUAAAUACAGAGAAUAAUAGAAAAUUAUUUUAUCAGUCAUCUGCAUCAUCAUUUCCUUCUUCUGUCCGUUCAAAAAAUGAUCAGCCAUUCACUUAUCAUUUUAAUCUACCAGAAAACGCUUUGCGUGGUACAAUAGUUGGCAGUAUUCAUGCUAUUGAUCUGGAUACUGGUGAUAAUGGCCGAAUUACUUUUGAAUUAAGGAGUCAAAUUCCAUUUUAUACAAAUAAACCAAUUUUAUUAGGUACGACAGAUAGCACUGCUAACAUUAAUAACGAUAAAGAGAAUGAUAGUAGAAAUGAAAAAGAAUCGCUUAGCAUGGAUCAUGUGUUCAGCUUAGCACCAAAUGGGGAUAUUCAGUUAAUUGAUGAAUUAGACAGAGAAACAAUAGAUCGUUAUGAGCUAUUUAUUAUUGUAAGUGACAAUGCGAAAACCAAUCGAUUAUCAUCAACAGCUACAGUUAUAAUUAAAAUAGAAGAUGUUAAUGAUUGUAGACCGGAAUUUUUCGGGGAUUACGUUUUCGAAAUUGUUGAAAGCUACGGCACUUCAACUAUUCAUCAAAUUCUUGGAACUAUAGUGGCUACAGAUAUGGAUUUGGGGCGUAAUGGGUCAAUAACGUAUCAUCUUGGUGCCCAACAAGAUAAUCGGAACAACAAUAUCAACAGUAAAUUAUCAAGUUCAACACAUACGUUUGGUUCACGCUUAAUACAGAUCAGUCAUGAUGGAAAGAUGACUGUUUAUGGAGUAAUUGACCGUGAAAAGACUCCUAUAAUUGUACUGACUGUAAUUGCUGAAGAUAAUGGGAUUCCUGUGAAAUUAUCUAAUUCCGUAACUGUUACAAUACAUGUAUUAGAUUUGAAUGAUAAUAAACCGCGUUUCAUUGAAUCGUCAUCAUCAUCAUCACCACGUCCACAGUUGGUAAACAAGGAUGAAACGUUUAAGGGAAAUCCUGAUAAUGGAAGGAUGAAUAUUGUUUCACCAUCAUCGGGAUUUAAGCUGAAUCUAAGCUUGGAUACAAAUGUUGGUACAUUACUAACUGUGUUUGAAGCUUAUGACCCAGACAAUGGUCCCAAUGGAACUGUGGUUUUUGAUAUCGCUUACUCAGGAGCACUUGGUAUAUCACAUGAUGUUAAAAGCUUAAAAAAUGGAAAAACCGACGGCGAUAGUUCCGAUACACCCACAUUUAUAUUGCAGUCAGAUGGACGUCUUCUCUUGUCUAAACGAUUAGUUUAUUCUGAUAUGAUAUCUCCUACACCAAACAGUUUUCCAAAAAGAUAUCGUCGACCGGAUAGAUUGUUAAUACGUGUUUCAGAUCAAGGACCAACUCCUGAACAGUCGGUUACCAGUCUACAAAUCUUCUACUACGAUCCUAUCGAGACAAUACAAAACACAUUUUCUGAGAAUUAUUUUCACAUGACAAAUACGAAAAGCGAUAGCAAUAGAGAUAGUAAAUAUGUUUCCGUAAAUCAAAAUAAGGAAACCGGUAAUAGUAAACACUACGCCUACAAAUCAAAUCCUCAAACGUUUCUAGGUUCUAAUGGAGGAGGUCGACUUUCAUCACAGUCCUAUGUAAGAUCGGAGCUAACUCAUUCCAAACCAUUUACAUUACCUGCUAUGUAUUUGUUGGCUUUAGCUGUUUGUUUGGCAUUAAUACUUGUGAUAAUUAGUUUUGCAUGCUUUUAUGUGAAACUUAGAAAAACAAAUUCGAUGAGUAAAGGCGAGGAAAAAUAUGAUAGUGUGGAGAAGAGUGAACUUCACACUGACAGUUUAAUCAGCUGUAAAAAUAAUAAUAAUGGUGAUAUCCGCUUGAACAGUACAUUAACAAGUCACACAAAACAUGAUGAUUCACAAACAAAUACUGGUUCACAAAAUAAACUAUUUUCUGAUUUUGGCAUUAGUACAAUUAAUUGUAGAAGUUUAUCACCUACAUAUAUUGUACGAGCUUAUGAUCAUAUCAAUGUUGUUCCUUAUAACGAUUCUCAUACAAAUACAAUUAUGUCUAUUCCUCAUCGCACUAUAGACAGUUCCGACUACACUCCCCUAACGAUUGGCCAAUUAAAUUCUCUACGUAACUCCAGUUUAUCACCAUCAGUUUUACAGAACAAUUUAAACAAACAAGUGAAUAAUAAUAAUGAUAAUAGUAAUAAUCAGAGACUGUUAGAGAACGCAUAUUUACUGAAACCAUGUGAUUCACUAUAUGACGAACAAACGUCACCGAUGUUAAUCAAUCAACUAGAAUUAUGCAAAACAUUGAAUCGACAAAGGCAGUUUAAUGUAUUGUCUAGUCACGAAGUCGAAGUGUUAAAUACAAAUAUUCCCAAUGAAAAUGACGAUGCUAGGAAUAUUGAUAAAUUACUUCAGAAAAGUAUUUCAAAUUCCCCUACAUCGUUGAUCAACACUAAAUGUCAGAAUAAUAAACCAACGCUAACAAGUUUUGAAGGAAAGCUAACUGAUACAUCUAACGACAAUAAACAUGGCUUUGAAAAGAAUCAAUUACUUCCAGUGAGUAAAACAUCACUAUUGUCAGCGCCAAUCAUUCAAAACACCACCAGUAACAACAAUAGCAGUGAUAAUAACAUCAAAAAAGAUCAUUUUUCUACAAUGCAGAAACCAAAAUUUAAGCUAUUUUCUACGAAAAAAUGUGAAUCACACAAAAAUAGUAUCAGUAUUGAUAAUAGCUGUCAAUCAAAAGGCGACGGUUCUCACUUGUUGGUUGAUCCUGAUCAAAUUUCUAAUGAUAAAAAUGGGAACUUAAAUGACUUACCUCAGCUAACAUCAUCUUUUGUUUAA